AUGGCGGAUAAUAAAAAUACGGACAAUGAUAAUAAAAGACAGACUCAAGUAGAAGAGAAUGUUGUCACACCAUCAACAGCUAUAGAGACUGUCGUAUCUAUUCAAGUUGAGUCAGAAGAAAAACAUAAACCAACUAAUCAAAAUGAUAAAAAAGAUCAAACUUGGGAGAAAUUAGUCGAAUACUCAAAGAAACUUGAAAUUGGAGGACAAAAGGUGUUAGUUGUCGAGAAUGAAGAAAGUGUUAUCAGUGGUGAAGGAGCAACAGAAUAUUGUGUUUUAAGGUCUCCGGAACAUAUUGCAGCUCUUAAAGCUAAAAUAGAUGAAUUAAAAUUGAACUCAGAAAGAAUAGAAAAAGAAAGACAAGAGGCUCUUUCUCAAUCUGAAUCAGUGUCAAGACAACUUAAUGUUCUUGUCAGGGAAUUAAAACAAUUAGGUCACAACACUGAUUCUGAUUCUGAACAAACAAUACAUGCGACUGUCCAUACCUUUGGGGCACUCCAGAAAUUGGAAAUUAUUGCGGAUGAGGAUGAAGAACAUGAUGCAUAUGAUAGAUUAAUUCGUGCCCCUCGUGUACGUCAAUAUUGGCACGAUGGUACAUUGCAUCGUGAAGCGGAAGAAAGAUCAUCAAGCUUCACGGAACUGUUUUGGGAUUUGGUGUUUGUUGGGGCUGUUGGUAUAUUGGGUCAUCAAUUGAUAAAUAAUAUCUCGUCUGAGGGUGCAGAAAGUUUGGAAAUAUUUUUUAUUACAUUUUAUCCAGUUUGGCGUAUAUGGCUUGAUAUGCAGUCUUAUUUAAAUAUAUAUAGCUCAAAUGAUCUUAUUCAAAAGUUUCUGAUGCUAUGGGAAAUGAUUAUUAUUAUUACUAUGGUUGGUCAUUCUCGGGAUAUCAAAGGAGAAACUGGACAAACGUUUAUCGUGGCAUAUGUGAUUGGACGUAUGUCACUUUUUGUUCUAUAUAUGAGCUUGGCUCAAGUAAUUCCACUAUUUCGUGUUGCAUUGGUCAGCUAUGCUUGGGGGAUUUUUAUACCAUCUGUUUUGUGGAUCGUCGCUAGUUUUGUUUCUAGUGAGAACAAAAAAGCAUUAAUUUGGGCAGCGAUUGCGUUUGAUAUUUUUUGGCAAGGAUUCGUUCCGAUCUAUAAUCGAUUUGGUACUAAAAAUCCAGCUAAUCACGUGCACACAAGAGAUUUUGAAAGAGUAGGAACUAUAACAGACAAGGAGACGGGGGCUAAAAGUGGUGGCACAUUACCCCCGGUGUUACCGCUUUCUCGUGUUGCUACGAGGCCUCAUCGUGCAAUCAAAACAAGAGGUACCGAAUAUCAAUGGAGAUGGAAAGAUUGGUUUAGUGUAUUUAAAAUUCAAGAAUAUCGGCCGGCUUUAAAUAUUGAACAUUGGAGUGAACGUUGCGGAGUUUUUAUUAUUAUUUGUAUUGGUGAAAUAGUUUUCGCUAUUAUACAAGAAAGUUGGAAUGCAAAACCUGAUUGGAUAUUGGGAAAGUCUAUUUUGGGUUUAUUGCUGGCAUACGACUUACACUGGAUAUAUUUUGAUGUAGAUGCCAGUCAACGAUUUCAGCAUGCAUUACGAAGGCAUGUGAUAACUGGUGUAUUGUUUGGUUUUGCACAUUUCCCUUUGGCGAUGUCAUUGAUCGCAAUAGGAAAUUCUUUAUCAGUGAUUAUUGCGGCUCGAGAUUUUUCAGGUGGAGAUCUCAUUCCCACAGGCCCUGGCGCUAGUGAAGAGGUACAUGCCGAAUCUGCUUCUACACAAACAAGCGUUGAUGAACCAGUGUAUUGGUUAUUAUCUGGUUCAUUGGCUUUAGCAAUAUAUUGCAUGGCUUUUAUUGGAGUAUUGCAUAAAUCAUUAGAUGAACAGGAUUCAUUACGAAUUUCAAAGAAAAACCGAAUUGCACUUCGAAUAAUAGUUGGAGCUACAUAUAUGAUACUCCCAGUCGCCAAGCUUAAUUCUUGUGAUUUUCUCAUUAUCGUCUCGCUUCUUUCUCUGUUACUCGUAAUGGUUGAAACAUAUGGACGCCUACGAAAGAAAGAUCCAUUGUUUGGUAAUUGCGAUGAUGAUAUAAUUGGUGAUGUGCAUGGGGAAGCAGGUCGACGAUACAUUAGAUGGCGAUGGGGUCCUAAUACUUCGAAUCAGGAUAGAUGGUCACGUGGCAUUUUAAGACGAAGACGAAAGGAAAAUCCACCGAACGAAGGAAAUGGAAAUCAGGAAAAGAUUAUUGCAACAAAUGGGGAUAGUGUGGAUGUUGUGGAAUUUGAUGAUUAA